AUGGCAUUCUCCAAAGAUAAGACGUCGAGGUACUCAGAACACGUGGAUGCUUACAGAGCCGCCUGUGGACACCACCCAGACCUCAAAUCCUUUGAUUCUAAGAUUCAGCAGCGAACCUCCAAUCUGAUAGACUCGCUCACCGUUGAAGCCAAGACAGGGUCGGUGUCCCCACACGCGGUACACAAGGAGACCUUACAAGAUAAUCAAACUGCAGCUCCUAAACUUAAGCUACUAGCUAAACGCCCGAGUCUUUCUCCGACAAAGGAGCUGACUUAUUCAAAAACGAAAACAGAACAAAACACAGCAACUUGA